GUGGUCAAUGGGAAUGUGACAGUAUCCGCCCUUCCAACAUAUUCAACCCUUGCAAAAAUAUAAAUUGGGGCGAAGGGGGGAUGAAGGUGGGAAUAGUCAUUGCUGUUAUGGUGACAACUCAGUAAAGGGGGGGACGGCGACCGCUGGCCCCUGGGGCUGCAGGAGGGACCGGAGCCUUUGUUGGAGGGCGUGGGCGCCUUGGGACUGUACCGCCCCUCCGUGGCGCGUGUGCUUUGGGAAGGGGAGGCCUAAGCCGCCGCUAGAGCAAUGGGCCAGGCCUGACUUUGCCCUGGGAACGCGGGGAGGGGCUGUACGCGGGGCGCUGCGCGGCGCCUGCUCGCCGCCCCUCCCUCCCGGAGCGGGCGCAGAGACUCGCCGGGCGCGCUGCCGCUCGGCCUGUCUGCAGGCGGGGCCCGCGCGGGCCUCCGCGUUCGGUGUCGCUCGGCCGGCGGGGAGGUGACGGGGACCCGCGCAGGCGGCCAUGACCCAGGCCGAGAAAGGCGAAGCGGAGAACGGGAAAGACAAAGAGCGGGACAAAGAGCGGGAGCAGCGCGGAGCCAAGCGGCCCAUCGUCCCCGCCGCCGUGCCCGAGUCCCUGCAGGAGCAAAUACAAAGUAACUUCAUUGUUGUGAUACAUCCUGGAUCAACAACUCUGAGAAUUGGGAGAGCCACUGACACACUUCCUGUUAGUACUCCCCAUAUCAUUGCAAGAAGACAGAAACAUCAAGGACAGCCUGUGUACAAAGAUAGUUGGCUCCUCAGAGAUGGACUCAAUAAACCUGAAAGUACUGAGCAAAGACAAAAUGGCCUUAAAAUGGUGGACCAAGCAAUAUGGUCCAAAAAGAUGUCAAAUGGUGCAAGGCGUAUACCAGUGUCACCUGAUCAGUCUCGAUCAUACAAUAGACAGAUGCGGCCGGCUGUUCUAGAUCACAGCUCUGGGAACAAAUGGACAAAUACAUCCCAUCAUCCUGAGUAUCUAGUAGGAGAAGAGGCGCUAUAUGUUAAUCCUUUAGAUUGUUAUAAUAUUCAUUGGCCUAUCCGAAGAGGACAGUUAAACCUUCACCCAGGGCCUGGCGGCUCCCUGACUGCAGUACUAGCAGAUCUUGAAGUUAUCUGGUCGCACGUAAUACAAAAAUAUUUGGAAAUACCACUGAAAGACUUAAAGUAUUACAGAUGCAUUUUACUAAUACCAGACAUCUAUAAUAAACAACACGUGAAAGAAGUGGUACAUAUGAUCCUAAUGAAGAUGGGCUUUUCAGGUAUAGUGGUCCAUCAGGAGUCUGUCUGUGCUACUUUUGGAAGUGGCUUAGGUAGUGCGUGUAUAGUAGAUGUAGGGGAUCAGAAGACAAGUGUUUGCUGUGUAGAGGAUGGCGUUUCACACCGUAACACCCGGUUGUGCCUUGCAUAUGGUGGGUCUGAUGUAUCAAGGUGUUUUUACUGGCUUAUGCAGCGAGCUGGGUUUCCUUACAGGGAUUGUCAGUUAGCUAAUAAAAUGGACUGCCUUCUCCUUCAGCACUUAAAAGAGACAUUUUGUCAUUUAGACCAGGAUAUUUCUGGAUUGCAAGACCAUGAGUUUCAGAUUCGUCAUCCAGACUCUCCAGCCUUAUUAUACCAGUUCCGUUUAGGGGAUGAAAAACUACAGGCUCCGAUGGCUCUGUUUUAUCCAGCAACUUUUGGAAUUGUUGGGCAGAAAAUGACAUCUUUGCAACACAGGUCACAAGGUGACCCAGAGGAUCCUCAUGAUGAACAUUAUCUAUUAGCUACCCAAAGUAAACAAGAGCAGUCUGCGAAAGCUACAGCUGAUAGGAAGUCCAUGUCCAAGCCUGGUGGAUUUGAGGGAGACUUGCGUGGCCAGUCCUCAGACAAUUCAGAGAGGAUGUAUCCACAAGAAGUGGAACUGGGAUCCUCUCAGAGUGAUUGUAUAAUAGCUGGAAAUGAAUCUGAGGAACCCCUAGCAGCACACAUGUCCAGGAAAACCGCUAUAUCCCAGUUUGAAGGCAAAGCACUAGGCCUUGACAAAGCCAUUCUUCAUAGUAUUGACUGCUGUGCAUCUGAUGAUACCAAAAAGAAGAUGUAUAGUUCUAUCCUAGUAGUGGGAGGAGGUCUGAUGUUUCAUAAAGCUCAGGAAUUUCUUCAGCACCGAAUUCUCAACAAAAUGCCUCCUUCUUUCAGAAGAGUUGUUGAAAAUGUAGAAGUCAUUACAAGACCUAAGGAUAUGGAUCCACGGUUGAUUGCAUGGAAAGGAGGUGCAGUUUUGGCCUGCCUGGAUACAACCCAGGAGCUAUGGAUAUAUCAGCGAGAAUGGCAACGCUUUGGUGUCCGGAUGUUACGUGAGAGAGCUGCAUUUGUGUGGAUAGGUUAUUGGCCUAUUGCUCAACCCCCCCAACCUUGUGGACCAGUGGAUUGCUGUCCAUCUGAUCUACUACCCUUUGACCUGUCCAGUUUAGGUGGCCCUUCCAGAAGUUAAAACUGCUGCCACCACAGCUCUGAGGGGCAUUGGAACACAGAAGCCUUUCUACCACGUCAAGCUGCAGUCCCUAGGGAAGGAUCGUUAAAGAAGUCUCUGAAAUUCAAAUUUUUCUUUACAAAGAGUAACUGCUCUAGACUUGAAAGCGUAAGAGACACACAAUGGUAGGUCAGUGGACAUAGUAAGAGACAGAACAAGCUAUAAUUCCUACUUCAUCUAUUUUGAAUACUGAUAAAUAUUCAACUAACCAUUACUGUGGUUUUGAACACACAUUGUUAGGGUUCCUUUGUGCCUUCGACAAUCAUAUUCACAUUUAGCAAAAUAAGGAAUUAUCUAAAGAAAAAAAGAAAAAUUCUAAUAUGCAGACAAAUAAAUACUUAGUGACAGCUUUAUUCCUUCCUGUUUCUUUUAUCCUGUUUGGCCCUUUGGUGUCCUAUUCUGACUACUGAGUUUCUUAAAGAGACUUUAUCAUGUGACAAUAUAUAAACUUAAAAAGUACUUUCCUUACUAAUAACUUAUAUGACUAAAACGAAAGAGUAAUUUCCUUUUCACUGUUUAUUCUGCUGGUUUAUCUUGUGCAUGACCAUACUACUGUAAUGCCUAGGUUGCAAACACUAAUUGGGAAUAUUUAAACAAUACAUUUGUUAAAAUUAAAUAGUUUUAGAAAGAAUUCCAUUGAACCACUUCUUUUCAUUUUAGUAAUUUCAAUAAAACCUAGAUUUGGGGCUCAAACUGCCUGUGUCCAUUUAAAUGAUGCACAUUGAUAACAGGAAUAAAGAGACCAGUACAUGUGUCUUCUCAGACUAAAGGCAAAAUAUAGUAUUAAUAUAUGCUCUUUAUGAAGCUGUACUUAGUAAGAGUCAAGACUUUUCUAUAUUCUCUGGUGGUUCUAUAACUGGGAAAUGCAUCUGAGACUUAUUGGAGUUGAGGUCAGAGUAAGGUAUAUAAUUGAAAAUAGGCUGCUAUACCGUCAUAUAAAAACCUCAAUUUGUACCAAUAGUUUAUAUGCAACCACAUUUUGGGCACGCACUGAAAUUAAUGAGAAAACGCCUAUUGAUUUCUAUGGUACAGCUUCUUAUCCUACAGUUUAUUAUGAACCAGACCGUUGCGUAUACAGAACAAGAAUACAUGAUCCCAACCUUAAAUGGACCAAUUUAGAAUACAGUCACUUGUAGAUUUUUUAAGAAUAAAUAUAAACUCCAGAUAAUACAUUUCCCUGCUUAACUGCUCUGUGCAGUGAAGCAAUUUUAAGGAAAUAGAAACUACAGGAUUAUAGAUUCAUCUGUUUGUCUUAGUUGUUCCCACAUCUAGAUCUUCGCACAUAUAUCCCCAAAAGGCAAGAAUCUGAAAACAGUUCUAUGAGUGUGGAUCUGAAAAACACCCCAGUAAUACCAAGACCUCAGUGUAAAUAUAUUAAACAUGUUUGUCUUAAGCAUUGUAGCCCAGGAGAUUUAUACUGUGCAGUUUAUUUAAUCACUGUUAGUAGAAACAAAACUUAUGUCCAGUAAUCCAUGUCCAUGAUGUUCAUUUAAUGCAGUACAAAGGUGAACUUGAAAUCAAGAGUUACAUGGUAUUGCACACAGGUUUACUAGACAUUAGUCAGAAACAAUGUAGUAUUUGCAUACAAUUCAUUCAUUUUAAAGAAGCUACUUUUUCCAUUGCAAAUUCAAUCAAAAUUGAACUUUACCUGUACAGAAAUAUUGUUGCUUUGAUCACUCACUGGUAUUCUAACAGAAGUUCUGGUUUCAUUGAUCUA